AUGACUGCCCACUCUUCAGCGAACGGCCAUAUCUCAGCAUCAGAUAAGGCCCGUUUUGGGACCUUGGCUGUCCACGCUGGAUCUCCCCACGAUCCUACAACAGGCGCAGUGAUUGCUCCUAUUUCUUUGUCAACCACUUUUGCCCAAAUAGACGUUGCAAACCCUGUUGGCCGUUACGAAUAUACUCGCAGCUCAAACCCCAACAGAGAUAACUUUGAAGAGGCUGUCGCAGCGCUCGAGCAUGGCAAAUACGCUUUGGCUUUCGCCUCUGGUUCUGCCACUACCGCUACAAUUCUCCAGUCGCUGGCAGCAGGAUCACACGUUAUCUCGGUUUCUGAUGUCUAUGGAGGCACGCAUAGAUAUUUCACCAAGGUUGCCUCAGCCCAUGGUGUGGAUGUCUCUUUCAGUCAUAGCAUCGAGUUGGAAGUGCAGAAGUUGAUCCGGCCUAAUGAGACCAAGUUGAUCUGGAUCGAGACUCCAUCGAAUCCGACUCUGGGCUUGGUAGACAUUGAGAAAGUCGCAGAAGUCGCCCAUACAUAUGGAAUCAGAGUGGUCGUGGAUAACACAUUCAUGAGUCCUUAUGUGCAGAACCCAUUAGACCACGGUGCUGAUCUUGUGGUUCAUUCCGUCACGAAAUAUAUUAACGGCCACUCUGAUGUGUUGAUGGGUGUCGCAGCCUUCAACUCCGACGAACUUAAAGAACGCCUUACAUUCCUCCAGAACGCUAUCGGUGCCGUCCCCUCUCCCUUCGACUGCUGGCUCGCCCACCGUGGCUUGAAGACCCUCCACUUGCGUGCUCGCGAGGCCACGAUAAACGCAACAGCCGUCGCCAAAGCCCUCGAGUCCUCACCUCACGUCAUAUCCGUCAACUACCCCGGAUUAGAUUCCCACCCCAAUCGUGCAAUUGCUAUCAAGCAACACCGCAACGGCAUGGGUGGUGGUAUGCUGAGCUUCCGCAUCAAGGGUGGUAAAAAGGCCGCUCAUCGAUUCUGCCAGUUUACUAGGGUGUACACCUUGGCUGAGAGUCUUGGAGGUGUGGAGAGUCUUUGCGAAGUUCCUGCGAGUAUGACUCAUGCGGGUAUUCCCAAGGAAGAGCGCGAGGCCGCCGGUGUUUAUGACGAUCUCAUUCGUAUCAGUUCCGGCGUUGAGGAUGCCGAAGAUCUUCGGGCGGAUGUACUUCAGGCAGUUGAGAAGGCUGUCACUGCCAGCUCAUAG